AUGGGAAAAAGAAUAAGAAUUUGGCAGGAUCAUUGGCUGCCAAGGAAGCAUUCCCCUUAUGUGUCAUCCUACCCAUUGGUAGAGCUUGAGAGCUCAACAGUGGAUGUCCUUAUAGACCCAAGGAGGAGGCAAUGGAAUUUAGAAAUGAUUGAUGGUCUAUUCAACACUGAGGAGGCAGAGCUGAUUAAGACAAUCCCCUUAAGCCGUGAAGCAAAAGAGGAUGUUUUAUUUUGGCCACACUCAAAUGAUGGGAAGUAUAGUUGCAAGACUGGAUAUAGUUUCCUAAAGAUGGAAGAGGAACUGAAUGAUGAGCCACAGGGGACUACAAAUGAUCAUACUCAAGUGUGGAAAGCUGUCUGGUCCAUGCACGCUCCACCGAAGGUGAAAACACUGGUGUGGCGUGCUUGCUGUGAAGCUAUGCCUACAAAGAGUGCUUUGUUUCGAUGCACUAUAUCAACAGACCCUUAUUGUGUCAGGUGCCAUGCCUCAUCGAAGAAUGCCUUGCAUGCCUUGUGGUCUUGCCCGAAGUUGGAUUCGGUGUGGUCUGAUUUACAGCUUUGGAGUGUCCAAGGUGCAGUCCAGUUCGUGGAUUUCAAAGAGCUCUUAUCUUGGUUGAUUCGAAACAACCAUCAUCUUGAGCUCUUUGCUGUAAUGGUCUGGCAAAUCUGGAACCAGCGGAACCGGGUGCGCCUCAAUCAACCCGCAGACUCAUUGCACCAGAUAGCUCACAUCUCAAAAGUUUGGCUAGCUGACUACCAUGCCAGGCAGGUGAUUUUAGAUAUACCAGUGCAACAAAAUCAGCACCCCAGAAAGCAUUGGAAACCGCCACCUUCAGAGUUCUUCAAGAUCAACUUUGACGGUGCGGUGUUCCCUCAUGAGAAAAAAAUCUGGGAUUGGCGUUGUCAUUAG